AUGUAUAUGUGUAUAUCAACGAGGAAAAUUUUUCAGAGACAUUUUGGAGUAACUUACUUUGAAGCAAUCAUCACUUUAAUAGGUCUUCCAACAGAACCUAACAUUUUCCCAUUCAUUUCUUCAAGAGCAAAAGCUGCUUCUGAUGUUUUUGAAAAUUUAAUGUACCAAGAGAAAUUACCUUUAUUUUCCCCUGAAAUUCGAUCUUUAACUACCCAAAUGUCUUCAAUCUUUCCAAAUUUUUCAAAGGCUUUUCUAAGAUCAUCUUCUUCCAGACUUUUGUGGCAUAUAACAAAUAAACGUGAAUUUGGUGGAUCAUCAUUUUUUGAUCUUAAAUCCAUUUGUUUAAUAUGCGGCCAAGCUUUAGGAUUUCCACCUGGCAUCAAAGACGGUCCAUAUCUAGCACCAUCUUCACCUCCACUAACACCACUACCGACAAAUAAAAUUCCUUUUUUUUCUAAUUCUUUGAUCAACAAGUGGUCGAUUGCCACGAAGAUCAAGAAUGAACAUUCGUACUGGACACUGGAGUAGAUUCGACAUCAGCCGACGUUUCGUAAGCCAAUCGCAGUGCACACCAAGAACAUAAAAUAGUUAUGGUCGGUUUAGAUAAUGCUGGUAAAACAACCAUAUUGUACCAGUUCCUAAUGAAUGAAGUUGUUCAUACAUCACCAACUAUUGGAUCUAAUGUUGAAGAAGUUGUUUGGAAAAAUAUUCAUUUCAUAAUGUGGGAUUUGGGUGGACAACAAAGCCUGAGAGCCGCAUGGUCCACGUAUUAUACUAAUACUGAGUUUAUUAUUAUGGUUAUAGAUAGUACAGAUAGAGAAAGACUUGGUGUAAUAAGAGAAGAAUUAUACUCAAUGCUAAAUCAUGAAGAAUUAAGUAAAGCCAAUGUCUUAGUUUAUGCUAACAAGCAAGAUUUAAAAGGUAGCAUGACAGCAGCUGAAAUUUCUAGACAACUAGAUUUAACUUCUAUUAAAAAGCAUCAAUGGCAUAUACAAAGCUGCUGUGCCCUUACAGGAGAAGGGUAAGAAAAAACUUUAGUCACAAUUAGAGUUACAAUGUUAUUUAUAAAAGUAAUAAAUUUUUUUGUCUUGUAAUGUUUUAGGCUUUAUCAAGGUCUUGAGUGGAUUGUUGGUCGUUUAAAAAAGACAUGA